UGUGCAACACAACCAAUAAUUAAGCUAUAUAAUACAUCACUCUAUCGUCUUCAAAUUCAACGCACAGACAGCAUAAUCAUCCAUCCAUCAAUGGCGGAUCAAUGGAAAGCUCACUGUCUUCUAGUGGCCUAUCCAGCACAAGGCCAUAUCAACCCAAUGCUUCAAUUCUGUAAGCGUUUGGAGCACCAUAAAGUGAAAGCCACGCUUGUUACAACUCGUGCUUUUUGGAGAAGCGUUACCAUUGAACUCACUUCGGAUUCCAAUAUUGCUCUUGAAACCAUAUCAGAUGGCUAUGAUGAUGGAGUGGAAGAAGAAGCAGUUAAGAAUCCAAAGAUUUAUGUACAACGCUUCUGGCAAGUGGGACCACAAUCUCUCUCUGAGCUUAUUGAGAAGCUUUCUGGAAAUGGCUUUCCCGUUGACUGUGUCAUUUAUGAUAGUUUCUUGUCCUGGGCUCUUGAUGUGGCCAAGAAAUUUGGACUUGUUGGUGCUGCAUUUUUUACCCAAACUUGUGCUGUUAAUUGCAUAUACUUCCAUCUUCAUCAAGGAAUUCUGAAACUGCCAGUGAAGGAGAGUAAAUUGCUUCCUGGUGUAGCAGAACUUGAACCUUCGGAUCUGCCAACUUUUUUGUAUCUUCAAUAUGGGAUGCACCCUCACUUUUGGGAUUUGCUGGUUGAUCCUUUCUCCAACAUUGGAAAAGCUGAUUGGGUGCUUUCCAACACUGUUUAUGACCUGGAGCAAGAGGUGGUUGAUUGGAUGAAGAAGAUGUGGCCAGUUAGGACUAUAGGACCAACGGUGCCAUCCAUGUUCUUAGACAAGAGGAUCCCUAAUGAUUAUGACUAUGGUAUAAGCAUGUUCAAACCCAGCAAUGAUCUUUGCAUGAAUUGGCUUAACAACAAGCCUAAAGCAUCUGUUGUUUAUGUCUCUUUUGGAAGUUUAGCAUCUUAUAGUGAGGAGCAAAUGCAGGACCUAGCUUGGGGUUUGAUAGAUGCUGACACUUAUUUCUUGUGGGUGGUAAGGGAAUCUGAAGAGGCUAAGCUUCCAAGAAACAUUCUAGAAACUACAUCGAAAAAGGGUUUGAUAGUGACAUGGUGUCCCCAACUAAGAGUACUAGCACAUGAGGCUGUGGGAUGCUUUGUUACUCAUUGUGGGUGGAAUUCCACUUUAGAAGCUCUUAGCUUGGGAGUUCCAAUGAUUGGAGUACCAUACUGGAGUGAUCAAACCACAAAUUUGAAGAUUAUUGUGGAUGUUUGGAAGGUGGGACUUAGAGCUCCGAGGGAUGAAAAAGGGAUUCUAAGAAGAGAAACAGUGAAACAUUGCAUCAAGGAAGUUAUGGAAAGUGGAAAAGGGAAAGAGAUGAAGAAUAAUGCUAUCAAAUGGAUGAAUUUGAUCAAGAAUUCUAUUGAUGAAGGAGGAAGUUCUGAUCAAAAUAUUGCAGAGUUUGUGGCAGCAAUUUCUAACAAGUGAGCUUUAUGAUCUUUAGUGGGUCGUGCAAAUAAAACUCUGUCAACAGAACAUUUUGUGUCUGUUAGAAUUUCAAGGAAAUACUUUAUCACUACUUCCAUUAGACAUGCCAAUACACUUCAAAUGUCAACCCCUGGAUUGUUAGGCUAUGAAUCUCUGUUGUUGAAAGCUUUGAGUGGCAAUAAAAAUGAUCUGCGUGAUGUGUUGGGCAUACUUUAA